AUGUUGGAUGUUGGAUGUUGGAUGUUGGAUGUUGGAUGUGUUGGAUGUUGGAUGUUGGAUGUUGGAUGUUGGAUGUUGGAUGUUGGAUGUUGGAUGUUGGAUGUUGGAUGUUGGAUGUUGGAUGUGUUGGAUGUUGGAUGUUGGAUGUUGGAUGUUGGAUGUUGGAUGUUGGAUGUUGGAUGUUGGAUGUUGGAUGUUGGAUGUUGGAUGUUGGAUGUUGGAUGUUGGAUGUUGGAUGUUGGAUGUUGGAUGUUGGAUGUUGGAU